AAUCGACUCUUAAUUGUAAACAAUGCAAAGCACGAGAUUUUAAGUUAAUUGGUAUCAUUGUAUUGUCAAAUAAAAUCAAUUGUUAACUUUAUUGCCUUUAAGCUUCUUAUCUAUUCGUUGUAACACUCAACUAACCGCUCUAAUAAAAAGAUCUAGACUAAUUGUUUCCCAAACGAUCAAAUUUUGGCACAUUGCAAUAUGUAAACAAACUCGCGAACAAAUAAUCACAAUUAUGUUGUUUAUUAGUGCAAUUCUGUUUAUUACAAUCUUUAAUGUAGAAAGUAUUGAAGUUUCAAAUAACGUUUGCUCAAUUCCUAGUGAUUUUAGGUUUGAUUGCAACCCAGAUGAUCCAAGUAACAAGGAAACGUGUGAGUCAAGGGGUUGCUGUUGGUAUCCUAAUAAAGAUGACAAUGGAUCACCAAAGUGUUUUUUCCCAACCAAUUAUCAAGGAUAUGUGAUCAAAGGGAUUGAAAACAGGAAAAAUGGAGUUACAGUUAGACUGACACGCAAUUCCAGUUCUGGAUUACCUCAGGAUGUUUCUAAUGUGAAUUUGGAAGUGAUUGGCCUUGACAAUGAACGAGUUCGGAUACGAUUUGUCGACGCUGAUGCUUCGAGAUUUGAAGUGCCCAUGCCUUUUCUCAAUGUAUCACAGUCAACCAUCAAUUCACCUCUAUACUCAAUCAAAAUAAAUAGAGACACUGGAAACCUCCAAGUCUCUCGUCAAUCAACUGGAACUUCAAUCUUCAAUGUUGAUCUAUCCAAGCUAAUAUAUGCCAAUCAGUUCAUCCAAUUAUCGUCACUUCUUGUGAACAAUUUUCUCUAUGGUUUAGGAGAACAUAAAGACACUUUCAGAAAGACUAUCGAUGGUUGGAAAAGAUAUACUUUGUUUGCUGGUGGAACCAAUCCCACUGAAAAUAUCAAUUUGUAUGCAUCAUAUCCAUUUUACUUGAUGAUUGAACCGGACAAUCAAGCGCACGGAGUAUUCUUGCUCAAUAGCAAUGCUAUGGACAUAAUAACUCAACCAGCUCCAGCAAUAACAUGGAGAACCAUUGGUGGUAUCUUAGACUUUUUCAUAUUUCUUGGACCAACAGCACCUCAAGUCAUCCGUCAAAAUGUCAACUUGAUUGGACGACCAGUAAUGCAGCCAUACUGGUCUCUUGGUUUCCAUUUGUGUCGAUAUGAUUACAAAAGUACCAACAAAACUCGGGAAACCUUUUUUAGAAAUAUUCAGGCUGGAAUACCUAUUGAGACUCAGUGGAAUGACAUUGACUACAUGGACCGGUACAAUGAUUUCACUGUUGAUCCAGUAAAUUUUGCUGGUUUAUCUGACUUUGUCAAUGAGCUACAUUCCAUGAGAUUACACUACGUACUGAUAAUGGAUGCCGGUGUUAGCGGUUCAGAACCUCCUGGAAGCUAUCCUCCUCUUGAUGAUGGCAAAAAAGACGAUAUAUUCAUCAAAAAUAAGUCAGGUGAAAUUUUCCUUGGUCGAGUUUGGAAUUUUGAAACAACUGCAUUCCCUGAUUUCACAAAUCCUGCAACAUUAAAUUAUUGGACGAAACAAUUUAUUGACUUGAAGAACCAAGUUGAUUAUGAUGGUGUUUGGAUCGACAUGAAUGAGCCCUAUAACUUCCACCAGAUUAUGCCAUGUCCUAAUAAUAGUUAUGAAUAUCCACCUUAUACUCCAGGAAUUCAGCCUUUAAACAAUAAUACUAUUUGUAUGUCUUGUAAGCAACAUGGUGGCCUUCAUUACGAUGUUCACAGUUUGUUUGGUUUACUCGAAACUGUCGCUACCUACGAGGCUGUUAAAAAUAUAACUGGAAUUCGACCUUUCAUAUUGUCUCGUUCAACAUUCCCAUCCCAGGGUCAUUAUGGAUCACAUUGGUCUGGUGACAUUCGAUCUACAUGGGAUUUCAUGAAAUAUUCAAUCUCAAAUAUGCUGGAAUUUAAUAUUUACGGAAUUCCCAUGAUUGGUAGUGAUAUUUGUGGAUUUGCUGGGAACACGACUGAACAGCUGUGUAUGAGAUGGUCUUCACUUGGAGCUUUUUAUCCUUUCUCUCGUAACCACAAUGAUUUUGAUACUAUUGAACAAGAUCCAGUUGCAUUAGGACCCAAAGUUGUCGCUGCUACCAAGUAUGCUGUCAAUUUGCGUUAUCGUUUGCUGCCCUACCUCUACACCUUGUUUCAUGAGGCACAUACAAAGGGUGAUACCGUAGCUCGACCUAUUUUCUUCGAGUUCCCUUUGGACGUUAAUACUUAUUCAAUCGAAACAUCAUUCAUGUGGGGUUCUGGAAUUCUCAUUGUCCCAAUCUUAGAGCCAGAUACGAAAACUGUUAAUGCAUAUUUCCCUGAAGGAUUUUGGUAUGACUUUGAGAGUCUCAAACUAUCUGUCAAAAGUACUGGUCGAUAUGAAAACAUUACAAUUGAUGAUGACAAAAUUGGUGUGUACGCUCGAGGUGGAUCAAUCAUUCCUGGUUACUUGGUAACAGCAAUGUCUAUUGCUGAUUUAUCAGAACUUCCAGGCUAUCUCUUCAUAUUUCUUGACUCUUCAGGUCAAGCAUCUGGUUCUUGGUUCUCAGAUGACGGACAAUCGAUUGAAAACAUUCAAAAUGGUGAAUACACUUACAGUCAUUGUAAAGCCUCUCUGAAUAAAAUUUCUUGCGAUUAUGAAAAUGUUUUUACUGCUAAUAACUUCAAAAUUGGUGGAAUCAUGCUGGUUGGAGUUGAUAAAAAGCCUACAAGUGUGUUAUUCAAUGGAACACAAAUAGAUUCGUAUUUCUAUUCAGACGAAAAUCACGCUCUAAAAAUUGAUUCCACAGAAGUUUUUGAACGAUUGCAAUCAUUCAAUGUUGAUUUGUCAUACAACUGAGUUUGAUGAAUUUAGAUUACUGAAUAUCUUUAUUGAUUGAUCUUGAUUGACGACAAAAACCUUAAAGAUGGAUUUCGUUUUAUUGAAAAAAUAACUACUAAAUAGUUGACUAAUUUUAACAGAAAUAUACUUUAUUCAAAAUGCUGG